UGUCAACUUUCCCCGAGGUCCGAGUUGGUGGCUACCUUGUGUGUGGUAGCAGAUACUACGGCCGCGGAGAAAUGAAGCAGAAACGGAAAGGAGAUCUCAGCCCUGCUGAGCUGAUGAUGCUGACUAUAGGAGAUGUUAUUAAGCAACUAAUUGAAGCCCACGAACAGGGGAAAGACAUUGAUCUGAAUAAGGUAAAAACCAGGACAGCUGCCAAAUACGGCCUUUCAGCACAGCCCCGCCUGGUGGAUAUCAUCGCUGCAGUCCCACCUCAGUAUCGAAAGGUCUUAGUCCCCAAAUUAAAGGCAAAACCCAUCAGAACUGCCAGUGGGAUUGCUGUUGUGGCUGUGAUGUGCAAACCCCACAGAUGCCCACACAUCAGUUUUACAGGAAAUAUAUGCGUAUACUGCCCUGGUGGACCUGAUUCAGAUUUUGAAUAUUCAACCCAGUCUUAUACUGGAUAUGAGCCAACCUCCAUGCGAGCUAUCCGUGCUAGAUAUGACCCUUAUCUACAGACAAGACACCGAAUAGAACAGUUAAAACAACUUGGUCACAGUGUGGAUAAAGUGGAGUUUAUUGUGAUGGGUGGAACAUUUAUGGCCCUUCCAGAAGAAUACAGAGAUUAUUUUAUUCGAAAUUUACAUGAUGCCUUAUCAGGACAUACCUCCAACAAUAUUUACGAGGCAGUCAAGUAUUCUGAGAGAAGCCUCACAAAGUGUAUCGGAAUUACUAUUGAGACCAGACCAGAUUAUUGUAUGAAGCGGCAUUUAAGUGACAUGUUGACCUAUGGCUGCACAAGGCUGGAGAUUGGGGUGCAGAGCGUCUACGAAGAUGUGGCCAGAGAUACCAACAGGGGCCACACUGUGAAGGCAGUAUGUGAGUCAUUUCACCUGGCCAAGGAUUCUGGGUUCAAAGUCGUGGCUCAUAUGAUGCCUGAUCUGCCAAAUGUGGGACUAGAGAGAGACAUUGAACAGUUUACAGAAUUUUUUGAGAACCCUGCUUUUCGUCCUGAUGGUUUGAAACUCUACCCUACUCUGGUGAUUCGUGGAACUGGGCUUUAUGAGCUGUGGAAGUCAGGAAGAUAUAAGAGUUAUCCUCCUAGCGACCUGAUUGAAUUGGUGGCUCGGAUCCUUGCUCUUGUGCCUCCAUGGACUCGAGUGUACCGAGUGCAGAGAGAUAUUCCAAUGCCCUUAGUCAGUUCAGGAGUAGAGCAUGGUAAUUUGAGAGAGCUGGCAUUUGCAAGAAUGAAGGACCUUGGAAUACAGUGUCGAGAUGUAAGAACCAGAGAGGUUGGAAUCCAGGAAAUUCAUCACAAAGUACGGCCAUACCAGAUUGAAUUGGUAAGGAGAGAUUAUGUUGCAAAUGGUGGUUGGGAAACAUUCUUAUCAUAUGAAGACCCAGAUCAAGACAUAUUGAUUGGCCUCCUGCGAUUACGAAAGUGUUCAGAGGAAACCUUCCGUUUUGAAUUGGUUGGAGGUGUUUCCAUAGUUCGAGAGCUGCAUGUGUAUGGAAGUGUAGUCCCUGUGAGCAGUCGAGAUCCUACUAAAUUUCAGCAUCAGGGAUUUGGCAUGCUGCUGAUGGAGGAGGCAGAAAGAAUAGCUAGAGAAGAACACGGAUCUGGGAAAAUAGCUGUGAUAUCAGGCGUCGGCACCAGGAAUUAUUACAGAAAGAUUGGCUACAGAUUACAAGGGCCAUACAUGGUAAAGACACUAAAGUGAUGGCCACACCAGCCCACCUUGAUGCAGUAUCCUCCCUGGCAGAAAAUAAAAAUUCAAGAUAUUUUGAAUACUCGGGAGAGAGGCUGAGCUAAACAAAUGGACCCACCCUGGCUCCCUGGCAAGGAGCUUCACCCUCAUCCUACAGCUGCGGAGACUGGAAACUACUUUCAGGGCCAGGCCGGACGUCUGCUGACCAAGCCCACCGAGCUUCUGAUGUUCAGAGCUCCCGCUCGCCCUCUCCUGCGUGUUCUCAAGUCACGUGUCCAGUUUCUGUACGUCUGCAUGAAGCCUGCAAUUGACCUACUUUGACUCACACACAGUGACGAAAGCAAAUUAACUCAUUUGGACACAUUAUUCAUGAAAUAAAACUAGCUAUUGUCAUGUGAGGAAUAAACUUAGGAGUAGGUUAUUUAUAUACCGUAGGGACAAAAAGGUUGGAACAUAGGAAAACUGUUAGAUUUUGAUCUCUGGCCUUUGAUAUACACUCUGGCACAAGAAAAAUGAGCGUCUUUUUUUUGGUUUGUUUUUGUUUUUAAUGGAAAUCACUCUGAUUCCUGUGAUGUUUGAAAUAACAGUGUGAUGGGGAGAGGAACCGAAGUCGUCGGUUGGUGUUUCAAGCUUAAAACCAGCCUUUCUCACUUGGGAGUCUGCCAUCUACAAUGGGCUGUUACAAGCACCCUUUAUUUCACAUUUUUUCUUGUCUGUAGUCCCUACACUCUUGACCCCUACAAAGCAGGGAGGGCAGCACUUCUACCCAGAGAAGUGUUUGGCUUCCCCUCUCGUCUGUCCUGAGCAGGCAGAGUCUGACAUGCCCCCGUCCGGGCGUGCGUAGCCCUGAGUCCAGAUGCACUUCCACAGAAGCCGUUUCCUGCCUUGUAGUUCUUUAAGAUGGGCUUUGGUUUGCUUUAAAUGAAGAAAGGUAAGAGCUCAACUCCUCUGAAAACAAAGAAGUGGGAAAUGAGCCCAAAUCGAAAAAAUAGGAAAAAGAUGGGCUUUUUCAAAGUUUCAUAUUCUAGAAGUGCCUCUUUGUAACUUCCAGGUAGUCUGCGAAGGAGACUCCACCUGGAGAGGGCCAAUUCUUAAGACCAUGGCUUAACUCCAUGCCCCCUGGCUUCUGGGGCAUUUUAUAAAGGUUUAGUAAAUGGAAUUGAUUCCCCUGAAAGGUUCAAGAAGUAAAAUCUUCAGCCUACAGAGAAGAAUCAUGUAAAGUGUUUUUCUUCUGCCUGUUACACAUGUAGUGACAUUGCUAUGAAUCCGUGAUGCUGUUUACUUCCUCCUGGGUACCACGUGCCAUCUCAUUCGGCUGCCACACGGCACUGGCAUUCUCAGGGGCACGCCGUGGGGCUACAAAGGCUUGCCACACCUGUAAUUUAGCUACUUCUCAGUUGUGCUUGUUUUUCCUUUAAAAAUAAAACUAUUAAACUAACAGUGCGUGCACACUAGCUGUUAGCACAUGUAACUGGGGGUGACGGAAUGGAGAGCGUGCUGGCCCAGCCUCACCUCUGCCUGCAGUGUGACCACGGCUUACACAAGCGUUUCUGGGCCUCCAGGUGCUCAUCCUUAAUAUCCCGCUGCCCUAAAGGGAUCCACAUGUGUAAAGUACAGAGGGGUCCCUUGUAAAAUUGUAAAAAGGCUUAUUUUAAAAUGAUGAUUUAGAGCAAGAUUUUAAAACAAAAUCACCAGGGAACGUGCCCAUUUCCAGUGGCUAUCAGCCAGUGUUCCAUCUGGAUUUUCCUCUCAGGGCUCAGGAAAAUACCUCUUUCUUUCUAGCUUGUCCUCAGCCUUCUUUGGAGUGGGUCUUCUAAGCUUGGGUAAAAGGUGCAGAACCUUUAAAGCUACAUGGGAGAGACAGAGCACAGGCAGAACACCAGCAGCCUUUCUGCCACGAGAAGCUUCAGCUGCUCUUCCGACUGCCCAGGGCUUUUUCUGGCGUGUGGGGUGCCUGGCGCCUCCACAGUCUGGCCAGCCUGGCCCUCUCGAAGACGUGUGCCCCUCAGUCCCACGGGCCACUUCCUGAGAAGGGUCAGUUGGUCGGGACCCUGCCAGUCUCAGCUCGGGAGCUUUAAAGCUUGUGUUUCUGAUCUCUAUUGAACAAACCUUAGCAACCACCUCAAACCUAGUCAAAUAGCCCUGCUUUUAGUUCACCUUGUUAAAUCACCUGAAGAGUUUGUGAAAAGUACAACUUAAGAACUAAAGAAAAUAUCUUUCAAAUU